CCGUCACUAGAGAGCGACCUCAAAUUUCAGAUGACAGCACAGCAACCGACCAGGAGCUCGUUGACUGUGUGUUAGCGGGGAGCAUCUCCUCUGACAAAAGCUUCAUCGCUUCAAGUUGAUGAUUCACAGGCUCCGCAAAGUCAUUUCCAAGCCUCUGUUACAGUCACUGCGUCAGCUUUGUGUGCUGCGUCAUUCUCGAAAACUAACCUCCAAAAUGGCUUUUCAGUAUCCCCAGGCUUGCCGCGACGAGGCUGUUGUGGAUGACUACCAUGGUUGCAAAGUGCCAGAUCCGUACAGCUGGCUGGAGGAUCCAGACAGUGAGAAGACACAGGCCUUUGUCAACGCUCAGAACCAGCUGACGUUGCCAUUUUUAGAACAGUGUGAAGUGCGGGAUCUCUUCAAGGAGCGCAUGACAGAGCUGUACGACUAUCCAAAGUAUAGUUGUCCGUUUAAGAGGGGAAGCAGGUAUUUUCACUUUUACAACACAGGCCUCCAGAACCAGAGUGUGAUGUAUGUCCAGGAGAGUUUAGAUGCUGACCCCACAGUGUUCUUAGAUCCAAACACGUUUUCUGAUGACGGAACUGUUGCUCUUCGAGGCUACGCAUUUUCUGAGGACGGAGAGUACCUGGCCUACGGCACCAGCGCCAGCGGGUCAGACUGGGUGGAGAUCCACUUCUUGCGGGUUGAGGGCGCCGAGCCUCUGGAGGACUGCCUGGAGCGAGUCAAGUUUAGCUGCAUGUCCUGGACUCAUGAUGGGAAAGGGCUUUUUUACAAUUCGUACCCGGAUCAGGAGGGCAAAAGUGACGGUACUGAGACCUCCACGAAUCUUCAUCAGAAGCUUUACUAUCACGUUCUGGGGACUCCACAGUCUGAGGACGUGCUGUGUGCUGAGUUUCCUGACCAUCCCAAAUGGAUGUGUGGCGCUGAGGUAUCAGACGAUGGGCGCUAUGUGCUGCUGUCAAUCAGAGAAGGCUGUGAUCCUGUCAACAGACUGUGGUAUUGCGACCUGCAGACAACCCCUCAGGGUAUUACAGGACUUUUGCCCUGGAUAAAGUUGAUUGACAACUUUGACGCGGAGUACGAAUACGUGACCAAUGAGGGAACCUUGUUCACUUUUAAGACCAACCUGGACGCACCGCGUUACAGACUCAUCAACAUCGACUUCGCCUCUCCGGAUCAGGGAAACUGGAAGGAGCUCAUCCCUCAACAUGACAAAGAUGUCAUUGUGUUUGCUACCUGCACCUACUCCAGCUACCUGUUCGUAUGUUUCCUCCACGAUGUAAAGAAUGUUUUGAAGAUGUACCGUCUGCGAUCAGGGGAGGAGCUGAGAACCUUCCCUCUCGACGUCGGCUCUGUCGUGGGCUUUACAGGACGGAAGAGAGAUUCGGAGAUCUUCUAUUAUUUCACCUCUUUUUUAUCACCAGCAAUCAUUUACCAUUGUGACCUAACUAAGGAACCACUGCAGCCCCAUGUCUUCAGAGAGGUCACCGUCAAAGGUUUCAACCCUGCGGACUACCAAACAACUCAGAUCUUCUAUCCCUCCAAGGACGGCACGCAGAUACCGAUGUUUAUCGUUCACAAGAAGGGCAUCAAACUGGAUGGAUCCCAUCCAGGUUUCUUGUACGGCUACGGAGGCUUCAACAUCUCCAUCACGCCGAGUUACAGCGUCUCUCGGCUCAUCUUCGUCAGACAUCUAGGAGGCGUUCUGGCUGUAGCUAACAUCAGAGGUGGGGGCGAGUAUGGGGAGACCUGGCACAAAGCUGGAAUGCUCGCAAACAAGCAGAACUGCUUCACAGACUUCCAGUGUGCAGCUGAAUAUCUCAUCAAGGAGGGAUACACGUCGCCGUCCAAACUGACUAUAAAUGGAGGUUCCAACGGGGGUUUACUCGUUGCGGCCUGUGUGAACCAGCGGCCUGAGCUGUUUGGCUGUGCCGUGGCUCAGGUGGGCGUCAUGGACAUGAUGAAGUUCCACAAGUUCACCAUCGGCCACGCAUGGACCACAGACUUUGGCUGUUCAGAGGAUAAAGAGCAGUUCGAGUGGCUCAUUAAAUACUCGCCGCUGCACAACAUCCACGUCCCAGAGGGCAACGGGGUCCAGUACCCAGCGGUGCUGCUGCUGACAGGAGACCACGAUGACCGAGUGGUGCCCCUCCACUCGCUCAAAUACAUCGCCACCCUUCAGCACAUUGUGGGCCGCAGCGCCAAGCAGACAAAUCCUCUGUUCAUCCUCGUAGACACAAAGUCGGGCCACGGAGCCGGGAAGCCCACCAGCAAAGUCAUCCAGGAAGUGGCCGAUACCUACGCCUUCAUCGCCCGCUGUCUCAACCUGUCCUGGGUCAUAUAACAUCAGCCCAAGUGUUUGGCUUGUUUCCCUUUACUCAGAUUCAGAGGACUGUUUGUACCGACUAUUGACAUGAUCUUUUUAACACUUAUUCGAGAUGUUUAAUGAAUCCAAGCUGUUUACCCGAGCUCCGUUAUUUUUCCUUUUUAAAAUAAACCUGCCAGUGUUUCAGCAGCACAAACCAUACACAUCAAGCAGCUUGCAUACUUACUACAUUGUGGGCCAUAUUCGUGGUUCUUUGUUGUCUGUAUGCCCAGAAAUUUUAUAUCAGCAAUUUCAGUCUAGAGGUCAGAUGUUUAUUUAAGGUUUGUUUGUCCAUCCUCCAAGAGCUCCAUAGCUGAUGCAUAUUAUUUAAUUCGUCUUUGUGCACAGAAUGGAGCCCAUGGAGUGUUGAAUGAUAUCAGUGUUGUGUAUAUGAGCAUAGCUGAUGUUUUUUUGUGGAAAUUUGCAAACAUAACAUUUUGCAUUGAUUGUGUGAGUGCGUGUGUGUGUGUGCACGCAUGUAAUAAGGUCGGUUAACUUUUUUUUUUGCAAAUGAAAGUUUUCUACCUCUUGACUUGUGCUGAUUGUUUACCCUGUUAAAGGGAACGAAACACAAUGCCAGAACUACAUUAAACUUUUCAAAGACUGA